UAUCCUUGAAUAGCGAAUAAGACAUUUGUGGUUGAUAAUGAGACACCUUUUUCCCCUACAUGCCUUUUUUCCUCCUCAUUUCAUUUCCAAAAAAUAUUAUUUUUUAAAAUUAAUUCUACCACAAAAUAAAAAGAACCACAAAUUUCACAAAAAAUACUUGAAAAAUAAAUUAAAAAAAUUAUAUUUAUUUUUUUCCCAAAAAAAAAAAAAAAGAAAGCCUCUUAUCUAACUAACCAUAACCAGAGUCACUCAAAACUUCCCAAACAAAAAUGGCAACAUUAACUUCUUCAACUCUGCAGCUUACAAAAUCACCCUUCAAGUUCCUGGCAGCUCCGAGCAAAUUAAAUACGUGCAUUAAGAUACAAAUGCUUCUUACUCCACGCGCCACUACAGAGGAAGAAUCCUCACCUUCCGAAUCUUCAGAAGAACGAACCACCACCUCCUCCACCUCCGAUCCCGACAGCUUUGAAAACCGCCUCUCCCAGGUCCGUCUACGUUACCGUAGCGGAACUGGUAGGAAAGCUGAGGCCCGCAAGACUCGCAAAGGCAGAAAGAGCGAGUCAGGAUCAGGGUCGUCGAGUGUGUUUCUACCACCAAUUCCUCUAAAGGAACCUGUAUCUGAAGGACUAAAAGUUGAGUUCGGGUUUAGUUCCUAUUCAGAAAGAGUUAAUGGAAGGAUAGCUAUGCUUGGAUUAACUGCAUUGUUGUUGGUGGAACUUGCUACUGGUAAAAGUGUGAUAAAUUAUCAUACACCUGCUAUUGUGUUUAUUCAGAUUUAUUUUGUUGCUGCUGUUGCUGCGGUUUAUUUGAAGUAUGAGAAAGAAAAAGUUAGUGUUUGGCCUAAAUAAGUCUGAGCUGCAGAAAUGCACGGUAAGAUGGGUAGUAGUUGAGCUGCAGAAAUGCAUGGUAAAGUUGCAUACAACAGACUUUUGUGAAUAGAUACUUUCUCGAAGUCUGUGCAUGACGAGAGCUUUAGUGCAUGGACCUGUACUUUUUUCUAUUUGUUGACAGAUAAUUUUAACCCUUUUUCCA